AUGUUUGGGAAAGCUAAAGUGGAAGGUCUUACAGCCAGCAGUUUAGACCAUCAUCCAUUCAUGCCAUAUGUGAGGAAGGAUAGUAGGUUUGUCUCUAAAAGGCAGCAUUCUUUCAAGUUCGAGGCAAGUUGGAUAAGGGAGGAUGAGUGUGAAGAGUUAAUUAGAACAGCUUGGACUGAUACUCCUCAGAUUGGCAUGGAACCUCUUGUGUGUGUUCACAAUAUGUUGAGAGUGUGUAGUAGUAAAUUGAGCAGCACUUUCAGAAGAAGGGAUGUGGAGAGAUGCCAUGAUAUUGAAAAGUUAAAUAAGAGAAUAAAGGAGCUACAAGAUAGAGAGGGACCUAACAAUUCUGCAAAACUUCACAUGUUGCAACAGAAGAGAAGAAAGAAUAACCAAAUCACCUUAGUUGUGGAUGCUAAUUCAUAUUUGAAAGAAGGGAAUGAAGAGGUUGUGGAGGCUUUUAGGCAAUACUAUACUGAGGUUUAUAAAACAAUAGCUCCUUCAUGUAAUCAGGUGACAAAAGGGGUGCAAUCCAUUAGGAUUCAAGUCAUUGAGCAGAUGAAUGAGGAAUUGGAAAAGCCUUUUACAAGGAAUGAAGUUUUGGCAACUCUUAAGCAAAUGGGUCCAUUGAAAGCCCCUGGCCCUAAUGGGUUUGAGGCAUGCUUUUAUCAGACCUAUUGGCAUACAGUAGGGGAUAAGAGAAUGAGGUUUAGGGAGAGAUGGAUUGGGUUGAUUAUGGAAUGUAUAACAUCUGUAUCUUAUGUUGUGUUGGUGAAUGGGAGACCAAGAGAUGUUAUAUAUCCCUCACAAGGUAUUAGGCAGGGGGACCCAAUAUCCCCUUACCUGUUUUUGUUAAGUGCUGAUGGGCUUAGUAGUCUUAUUAAUGUAGCUAAAGUUAAGGGUGAUAUAAGAGGGAUGACUGUUGCAAGAGGAGGUAUAAAGGUCUCUCAUAUCCUAUUUGCUGAUGAUUCCAUUAUCUUUGCAAGAGCUAAGUGGUUAGAAUGGUUGAAAGUGAAGGAAAUCUUAAGGGUAUAUGAAGUAGCUUCUGGUCAGUGCAUGAAUCUACAAAAAACCACUAUGAUGUUUAGCUCUCCAGUUAGACAGGAAGAGAAGGAAAGGAUUUUGCAAGAUCUAAGGGAAAUGGUGCAAAGUAGUUGUGAAAAAUAUUUGGGAUUGCCUAUUAUGGUUGGAAGAGCUUGUUAUGACACUUUUAGGAGGAUCAAAGACAGAGUUUGGCACAAGAUUAACAAUUGGAAAAAUCAAUUCUUAUCCCCUGCUGGCAAAAAAAUAUUACUCAAAGAAGUUAUUCAGUACAUACCUACCUACUGUAUGAGUGUGUUCAGGCUGCCUAAGAGUUGGGAGAAGAUGGGUUUUGCAAAGAUGGUUGGGGGUCUUGGUUUUAGAGAGCUGGAAAGUUUCAAUACUGCUCUUUUAGCAAAGCAGUGUUGGAGACUUGUCACUAAACCAAAUUCUAUUACUACUAUGGAAGGGCUUGUAUGGAGAGUGGGCAAUGGUUUGAACAUAAAAGUGUGGGAGGAUAAAUGGCUGCCUAGUAAACCUUCUCAUCGAGUGCAAUCUCCCAUUAAGCAUUUGAAUGCUAAAGCAAAGGUGGUGGAAUUGUUAGGGAAUGGUGGUAAUUGGGAUAUUGAGGUAGUGAAGGCUACAUUCAAUGAAGAGGAAGCUGAAGUAAUAUGCAAUAUUCGUUUCAAUCACACUGGCUUGGAGGACAAGAGAAUUUGGGCUUACUCUAAGAAUGGGUGCUUUAAUGUAAGGAGUACCUAUCACCUUGAGCUAAGCAGGAAGAAGGAAUUGAAAGGGGAGUCAUCUGAGGGAGAAAGCUUAAAGAAGGGUGGAGAGAGUUGUGGUAGCUUAAUACCUCGGGAGUGA